AUGGCGCCGAUCAUCGAAAGGUGGUCGGAGGCCAGGGUGGGUCCCUCGUUCCGGGUGACGCAGAUGCUAACCGGUCACGGGUGUUUUGGCCGGUAUCUGUGUCGCAUCGGGUGGGAGAACUCACCCAAAUGCUGGCACUGUGCGGCGCAGCACGACACUGCGCGGCACACGAUGCGUUACUGCCCGGCGUGGGACGAUAUGCGCGCGGAUUUGGUCAGAGCGAUCAGGCCUGACCUCACGAUGUCGGGACUGCUCAGAAGCUUGCUGAGCGAGGAGGGACGGAAGGCUUUCAUGACGUUCAGUGAGGCCGUCAUGAGCAAAAAGGAGGAGCAUGAGCGAGCCCGCGAGGGCGCUCCGUCCCGCGUGGCUCCUCAGGGCUCAUAG